AUGCUCUCUUCACUUAUCACCCUCGCUACUCUCGCCUCGGCCGUGGCCGGCGCACCCUGUGUCCUGCAAGCCAGGAACGGGAGCGCUUUCGAAUACAUUUUCGCUUUCGGCGACUCCUACACCCAAACCGGCUUCGACAUCACGCUCGCCCCUCCGUCAGCCCAGAACCCCAUCGGCAACCCUCCGCUACCAGGCUUCACCACCAGCGGCGGCCCCAACUGGCUCAUCACCCUCCUCACCAGCCGGACUCCCAACAUCCUCACCUACAAUUUCGCCUCAGGGGGCGCCACCACCAACGCCUCCCUCGUCACCCCCUUCGCUCCCACCGUGCUUUCCCUCACCGACCAAGUCGCCCUCUUCAACACCCAUCUGAACCCCGGCGGAUCAUCGCCAUCACCAGCCGCAUCAGCCUGGACCUCCUCCAACUCCCUCUUCGCCAUCUGGAUCGGCGUCAACGACGUGGGCAACGGCUGGUACACCUCCAGCUGGGCCACCACCCUCCCCGCCGCCCUGAUGGCCGCCUACACGGCGCAGCUGGAAUCCCUCUUCGCGGCCGGGGCCCGGAACUUCCUCGCGCUGACCGUGCCGCCCAUCCAGCGCACGCCGAUGAUGCUCACCAACGACGCCUACGCCCGGGACUCCGUGACCCAGGCGGUGGCGAAGUACAACGCCCUGCUGACUGACGCCGUCGCCAAGUUUGCCGCGUCCAAGGGCGACGAGGUGAGGACGUGGGUGGUCGACUCGACGCCGGCUUUUGAGCGCGUGUUGAACGAUCCCGCGGCCUAUGGGGCGCCGGAUGCGACGUGUUUCAACGAGGAUGGGGUGAGCUGUCUUUGGUUCAAUGAUUACCAUCCCGGGCAGGCCAUUCAGCGGUUGGUGGGCGAGGCGGCGGCGGCGGCGCUGGAGAUUUGA